AUGAAAACAUUAGCAGCUCUACUACUUUUAAGUGUAACUUUAGUUUUUGCACUUCCCAUCGAAGAAAGGAAGGAUGUAUCUAGGAAUGGUUCUUUUAUUCCACAAAUCGAUGGGUCCUUGAAAUGGAUGUCCGCAGAGGAAAUUCAAGAGAAACAGCGUGAAUUGAAAGCGAGAAAUUGGUUCACUGAUAGACCAGUAGAUUUUCACUUAUACACUCGGAAGAAUCCUAAAAAGUCUCAGAAAAUAUCUCCCGAUAAUUUAAAAAGUUUGAAGAAAUCCAAUUUCAACAGUGACAAUCCCACAAGAAUCAUUAUCCAUGGCUGGUAUAAUAACUACGACUCGUAUGUAAAUACUGCAACCCGUGAAGCUUACUUAGAAGUCAUGGACUGCAACGUUAUCUCUGUGGACUGGAGUCGAAUGUUAAACUAUUUUACUUUAAACUACAUAGGCGCCACAUUUCAAGUUCCCAAAGUUGGUGUCAAAGUUGCCAAAAUGAUUGACUUCUUAGUCGACGAAGGCAACAUGUCGUUGGAUGAUCUACAUGUCAUCGGUCACAGUUUAGGUGCUCAUGUGUCAGGGAUAGCUGGCAGAAAUGUGAUUGCCGGAGAAGUUCACACAAUCAUAGGCUUAGAUCCAGCCGGGCCACUCUAUGAAGAUGAUUAUUAUUCGAUCCAUGAGGAAUAUCUGAGCAAAGAUGACGCCCGAUAUGUUGAAGUCAUUCACACCAAUGGAAAUAGAUUGGGUGUUUUGCAACCAAUUGGAAAUGCUGAUUUUUAUGUAAAUGGAGGUAAAUAUCAGCCGGGAUGUUAUUUUGAUGGCAAUUGGAUAUGUCACCAUUUGAGGGCAUUUUGGUAUUAUGCUGAAGCAAUAAAGGAAAACACCUUUAUUAGCAAGAAGUGUCCAGAUUAUCAAGUUGCCAUUUCGAAGGAAUGCGAUGAAGAAGUUAAUGAAGUCCGAUUGGGAGGUGCAGAAAAUUAUGAAUUAGCUAGUGGAGUGUAUUAUACACCUGUGAAUGCAGUACCACCUUACGGAAUGGGAUAGAUUUGAUAAGGUUUAAAAUG